UGUAUAGUCAUUCAUACGAAUCAUAUUUAUAAAAUCACAAUGAAAACUUUGACGUGCAGCAAAAUCGAAUGCAUUAUUGCAAUCAUUCUCCGAAUACCUUUGCCGAAAAUACUAACAGAUUGUGACAUUUGAUACAGUCGUUGGUGUGACGUUAUGCAACUAAAUACAUCCAAUAAAUUAAAAUGCAAAAUUGCAUUAUUAAAGAUGUCAGAAAAGCAAUUUGAGGAAUGAUCACAUACUCGUGAAUUGUGCAAACGUAAACUAUUAUAAAUUAAAGUACAAUUGCUAUUAUAGCAGUGUAGUGCGGAAUCGCGUACGACUUGUAUCCGACUUAAAAUUUUUAAUUGGACAUUAUUCAUCGGUCAUCAAUAUGAUCAUCCGACAUCAAUUUUUGUUAUUUAUUCAUAUUUUAUGCUGUGCUGCAAUUCAUGGCAUUUUAUUAGACGCAAACGAUGCCGAAACUUGCAAUUUAUUAUGCAUAAAAUGUAAUACUUCCGCAGUAUUUGAAAACGGUCACUGUGAAUGCAAUUUUGUUGACGACAGUAACAAAGAAUGCAUACAGCAAAUACAAAAAGAAAUUCAAGCUAUCGAACUGAAUAUGCUUUCUGAUGAUCUGACAGACGAGGAGCGAAAAAUACGUUCUAUUUUAAAAUACAGGCGUCGUCUCAGACCAGGAGAUGCCGAGAAAGUGGCACAAUAUUUUAUCAAUGGAGGACCAGAAGCUGGUCACUCUCAUUUUGUCAGGGUGUUCAAUGCGACUCGCGAUAACGCCGUCGAUUCUGCGACAAAUUCGGGCGUAGUUGACGAAAAAAAAUACGCAUCGUACGUGAGUCCGACUAUGCAGGGAGUAGAUCUUUCGACCUUAGGGAAACCACCAUUUAUCUAUCCACCAACCGGAGUGUAUGAUCCAACAACGGUUCCGUUGGGCACAAUUUCUCAUCCACAUGGACUACCUCACGCUUUAUUUAGAGCGGUCACAUUUCCCGCACACGUUUUGCACCGUAUACUACACCCUCGUGUGUACCAUCAUUAUCCUCUGCAUCAUCGUGGUAUCAUCAGAAGUACUAAUGACAAAUCGAAUCCAGAUCAGACUAUUGGUCAAUAUGAAAAUAAUGAUGGUUCCAAUACUUCCAACCUUCCUACUGCCAGAAGUAAUGCAGAUAAACCUACUGAACAAAAUGUUCUUGGAUUGAAUGACCCAUUACAGUAUCCAAUAGCAUACAUCGCAGACGCAUUAUACCAACCAAUGCAACAUCAGAAUUACCCAUAUCCAUACAAUUCUUAUUAUAAUCCUUUGAUAAACAUGUUCCAUUCCAUACCUAAUGAAUAUCUUCUUCAACCUAUGUCGCUAUAUCCGCAAAAUAAAUUAUCGGAUCCAUGGACUUCUGCGUCCAAUCCACAAUCUUUUUGCAAAAAUAAUGUAAAUACUGAACAGAAAAAUGAAGUUUUAUCUGCUGACAAAAUUAAAAAUUCGAAUGGAAUAGAAAAAUCUGACGAUCCAACUAAAAACAACAUUCCUAACGAAGAAAAGAUAUGAAAAAUAGAAACGAUAAAUCAUAAGUAGGAUAAAUUAAAUAUUGUAUAUAUCUAAUCUGUUCAAAAUAUAAAUUUAAAUUUCUUAUUAUUGUCAUAUUUGUACUAUAGCAAACAAAUAGUAAUGUAAUU